CAACAUCUGCCAACUCACAGAGCUCAAAGUUUUGUCCAUAUCUUACAACAACAUAACUGGACAGAUACCCAGAAAUAUUGGUUGUUUAUCCAAACUCGAGAUGUGUUUUAUUGGCCAUAAUCCAACAUAAGGGACUAUUCCCACUUCAUUGGGAAAUAUUUCCACACUGCAAUAUCUUCAUUGCGGAAGCAAUCACAUGGAGGGGCAAAUUCCUCCGGAAUUAGGGAAGCUAUCAAAUUUGAGGAAAUUAAGCUUUUCAGAGAAUUAUAAUUUUAUUGGUCAAAUUCCAGAGGCUAUUUUCAACAUAUCUUCUUUGGAAAUGAUUGAUUUCAGUAACAAUAACCUCUCGGGUAGAAUUCCAACCACUACAGGUCUUCAUCUUCCUAACCUUAAAGUACUUGAGUUGGGAGUCAAUCAGCUGGAAGGGGAAAUUCCAUUGUUCAUAACAAAUUCUUCCAAGCUUCAGAUACUAUCGCUAAUUGAUAACUUUCUCACAGGAACUAUUCCUACUAAUUUAGGAAAUCUUCGUGAGCUGCAAGAACUGUUCCUACAUACUAAUCAACUUACCAAUGAACCAAGAGAGUAUGAGUUGCGAUUUUUCAAUUCUUUGGCGGACUGUAGGAUGUUGAAAUAUCUACAAGUAGGUUCCAAUCUGUUGUAUGGCAUUCUGCCCAAUUCUAUUGGCAGUCUUUCAUCUACUAUUCAAAAAUUUGAAAUAGGAGAUGCACACAUCAAUGGAAUCAUCCCCACAAGUAUAGGCAACAUGACCGGUCUUACAUCCUUAAGCCUUGGCGGAAACAACUUGACAGGGAAUAUUCCUUCUGAGAUUGGUAAGCUUAAACAACUCCAAGGGUUGUAUCUAGAUAACAAUAAAUUGCAGGGACAUAUUCCAGAGGCAGUAUGCCAUUUAUCUAAUUUGGUUCAUUCUUAUCUAGAUAAUAAUGAGCUCUCUGGACUAAUUCCAGAAUGCUUAGGUAAUCUUAGCAUGCUACAAAAGCUUUUUUUGAGUUCCAAUAAAUUAUCAAAAAUUCCAGGGAACCUUUGGAAAAUGAGUGGUCUUCUCUAUCUAAGUGUGUCACAAAAUUCUAUAGAGGGAAAAAUUCCAUUAGAUAUUGGAGAACUGAAAGCCAUUGUAGAAAUACAUCUUUCUGGUAACCACUUUUCAGGCAUGAUACCAAGCACAUUCGGGGCACUCCAAAACCUGCAGUCUCUUGACCUAUCAAACAAUUCAUUCUUUGGCCAAAUUCCAUUAUCCCUUGCCAACUUGAUAAGCUUGGAAUUCUUGAAUUUGUCUUUAAAUGCAUUGUCAGGUAGUAUUCCUAUGUCUUUGGAAAAACUCUCAUACCUUAAAAGCAUUAAUGUUUCAUUUAAUGAUUUAGAAGGUGUAAUACCAAGUGGUGGUGUGUUUGCACAUUCCACUGUGCAAUCAUUUCUGGGGAACAAAGGUCUUUGCGGAAUGCACAUAUUGGAGAUUCCUGCUUGUGCUAUCACUAAUCCUGGAAAACAAUCAAAGCUUAAGGAGGUUCUACUAAAAAUUGUUACUCCUGUGGUUAUUUCAUCCUUGCUGAUAUUCUUGUUGGUUUCAAUUUGGAUAAUGAAACGACAGAAGAAAGAAAAGUGCAAAGAUGUUGAAAAGGUACUAGAGAUCAGGACUCAUCAAUUAGUUUCUUAUUACGACAUUCAACAAGCAACCAAUAAUUUUGAUGAAUUCAAUUUAAUUGGUGUGGGAAGUUCUAGCACUGUGUUCAAAGGCACAUUAUCUAGUGGAACUGCAGUGGCCAUUAAGGUUCUGGAUUUGGAAAAUGAGCAAGUAUGCAAGAGGUUUGAUACCGAAUGUGAAGUCAUGAGAAAUGUUAGACACAGAAAUCUUGUUCCAGUGAUUACUACUUGUUCUAGUGACUAUAUAAGAGCCUUUGUUCUGAAAUUUAUGCCCAAUGGAAGUCUUGAGAAUUGGUUGUACAAAGAAGAUCGCCACUUGAACCUUCAUCAAAGAGUUACUGUAAUGCUUGAUACAGCUAUGGCAGUUGAAUAUCUACAUCAUGGUCAUGUAACUCCAAUAGUUCAUUGCGACUUAAAGCCAGCCAACGUUCUUUUGGAUGAAGAUAUGGUGGCUCAUGUUGGUGAUUUUGGUAUCUCUAAAAUUUUAGCCAUAAGCAAGUCCAUGGCUUAUACAGAGACAUUGGGUACUCUUGGAUACAUUGCACCAGAAUAUGGCUCGGAUGGAAUAGUGUCUGCUAGUGGCGAUGUUUAUAGUUACGGCAUCAUGUUGAUGGAGGUUUUGACGAAAAGAAGGCCAACAGAUGAAGAGAUAUGCAAUGAAAAUCUUGACUUGAGGAAAUGGAUCACACAAUCAUUUUCAGGGAGUAUGAUGGACGUUGUGGAUGCCAAUCUUUUCUCCGAGGAAGAACAGAUCACUUCAGAAAGUGAAAUCUGCAUAGCGUCCAUGAUAGAAUUGGGUUUAGACUGCACAAAGGAAAUGCCAGAAUCAAGAAUAACCAUGAAAGAUGUAGUCACGAGGCUUAACAAAAUCAACAACACAUUUCUGGAAACAUAGAAGUCAGCAUCUCUUCCUGUUCUGCAAGUUCACAUGUUGCUUUUUGUUUGCCUGGUUUCUUUAGUCGAUUGUAAUUCAGAGUGUUGCAUUUCCCUUAUUUUUGAUUUCAGAUUUGAGUAUAGUUUUUAAUAUGGUUGAAUAAAAUUAAGAAAUAUUACGGA